AUGCCAGGGGCCAGUUCACAUCCACGUCUGUUCUUCUAUUUGCUCUGCGCUGCCUCACUCUUGGCCGUUUCCAAAUCGGAUGCCGUGCCAGUGCAGCAGCCCAAGGACGAUCUGGCCUACGAAGCAGCAGUCCAAUUGGGGGCAUUUAAUCAUCGUCUUAACCUGCUAGCACACGAGGAAGAAGCCCGACAGCUUGCUCUACCAAAUAUAACUAUAAAUAACAUAGUCAAUCGUAUACCUUGCUCCUGUGACACGGGCCUAUGCAAAUGCUGUGCAGGAUUUCUGGCCGUCAUUGGCAUGAACAGCUGCACCGAAGUGGCCUACCGGCCUGAUGAAUUCUCAUUUGAGUUGCGCAUGCGCGUCAAUAAUAAUAUUUGGUUCCGACGCAAGGUCUCGGGUCAGAAUCCACCGCCCUUCUGCUUCCGCCCUCCUCGUUUCAACUUUGCCCGCGCUUGCAUCCAGUUCCAUGACAUCUGGUUUGUGGGUCGCAAUAUGCAUGUCUGCAUGUACAUGUCGGGCCAAUUCCAGGGCUUCGAGCUAUUCGAACGAAACUUUGAUUGCCUGCUGUUUGGCGAGCGGGGCGUGAAGAUUGUGCCACCAGAGCAGGGCUAUCCGGUACGGCCUAAUGAUGUGGAGAUUGACGAUGGAGACGACGAUAUCGAGGACUAUGAUGAGAAUGUGGUGCGCAAACGCCACAUUAGUGUAGCCUAG